AUGGAAGCAGCUAAAUUUCCUUGUUACUACUUUGCUACGGCUCUUCCUCUCCGACCUAACACUUCACUCAGACGAUCAUUUUUUCAUUGUAAGAGACUGCUUGGCAUGAGAAUAGAGGCUGCAAGAAGAGAAUCGAACGAGAGAGAUUAUUGGGGUAGGCUUGUGGAUGAGGAUAUGAUCACUCUCAGAAUGCGCAUUAGAGAGGCGAAGAUGAUGCAGAAAACUGGUGGAGGUGACGAUCAGAGAUUGCCUUCAGAUUGGAAGGAGUGGGAGCAGAAACAUUUAUUGUAUUAUAAUAAGACUGUUUAUGAAGUUGUAGGGUUGUUGCAAAACCAUUUCUUGAAUACUAGGCCAACUUUGGCUUUAGGGAUGGUUGCUAUUGUUGCGUUGAGUGUGCCCAUCUCAAUUAGUAUACUCUUCUUUUCUGCUUUGGAGAUUGCUAAGGGGAUUUCACCUCCAGGGUUCCAUUUUUAA